CCUAUGAGGAAAGACUCCCUGCCGCCCCUGCGCCUCCUGUCCCCUCCUCUUUCUGCUUCCUGCUAACUCUGCAUGCGCCCAGAGCCUGAGCCUGUGCCGAGGCUCCAGUGAGCAUGCUCAGCCCCCACCUCCCCAAGCAGAGGAAGCUGGUUUACAUACGAGUCAUACCAAGCAUAGCCAGCAUGUCAGAGCAGUCAGCUUGCAGCGGGCUGUGAGGGAGAGUGCCUUUGUCCUAAGAAAUGUGCUUUGUGUUUGUCUUUUUUACUGCUUUCUUUUUAAACCCUUCAGGCAGGCUUUGGAAGACUGCUGAAAUGAUUUUUUAAAGCUGAGGAGAGGACACAAUACAGACCCUGCCUUCCAAUAAGCCCUUGACGGGUUUUGUUUGAGUCUGAUUUUGUGUGUGUGUGCCUGAUUUUUUUUUUUUUUAAAACUUUUACAUCUUUGUUUUGAUCUUGUGAGGCUGGGCCUCUAUCUUCCUGAAGUUUUAGGAGAGCCUGGAGCUACUCAAGCUAAGACUGAAUUUUGAAACUUUCUCUUUGGGGGUGAAAGCAGAGAACUGCUUUUCUUUGCUAGCCGGACAGAUAAAUGCUGUUUAUGAAGAUGGACCUGUUGAACUACCAGUACUUGGACAAGAUGAACAACAACAUCGGCGUUCUGUGCUACGAAGGUGAAGCUUCUCUCAGGGGAGAACCCAGAAUGCAGACCCUCCCGGUGGCCUCUGCCCUCAGCAGUCACCGCACAGGCCCACCCCCCAUCAGCCCCAGCAAGAGGAAAUUCAGCAUGGAACCCGGGGACAAGGACCUCGACUGUGAAAACGAACACGUCUCCAAGAUGAGCCGUAUCUUCAGCCCCCACCUGAAUAAGACUGUCAACGGAGACUGCCGCGGCAGAGAUCCCAGGGAACGGAGCCGCAGUCCCAUUGAGCGGGCUGCAGCCCCCGCUGUGAGCUUGCAUGGCGGCCACCUGUAUGCGUCCCUCCCUGGCCUCAUGGAGCAGCCUCUUGCACUGACGAAGACCAGCAGUGACGCGGGCAGGUCGGCUGUGGAGCGGCAGCAGAACCGGCCCUCCGUGAUCACCUGCGCAUCUGCAGGCGCCCGCAACCUCUCUCACUGCCCUGUUGCACACAGUGGCUGUUCGGCACCCGGGUCUGCCAGUUACCGGAGACCGCCCAGUGCAACUGCAACCUGUGAUCCUGUGGUGGAAGAGCACUUCCGCCGGAGCCUGGGCAAGAACUACAAGGAACCAGAGCCGGCACCCAACUCGGUGUCCAUCACUGGCUCUGUGGACGACCACUUUGCCAAAGCACUAGGUGACACGUGGCUUCAGAUCAAAGCGGCCAAGGACAGCGCUUCCAGCAGCCCAGAGUCGGCCUCACGCCGGGGCCAGCCAGCUAGCCCCACGGCCCACAUGGUCAGCCAUAGUCACUCCCCCUCUGUGGUCUCCUGAAGGGGGCUCCACCCUCCAGCCACACAGGGAUCUGCAUGGUUUGCCUGAGCUUUGAACAGUCAGUGCUUAAGGGGGAAAAAAACAAAAACAAAAAAAAACAGAAAAAAAAAAAUCUCGGGGGGAGGGUGGGAGGGUGGUUUAUUCGCAAAACCAUGUUGUCUGGACUUUUGUUCUGCUCUGUUUUUGUACUUGCUUGGUGUUCAUACAAGGGGUCUCAACGUGGCAACAGGAACAGCACGGAGCAUCGGUCCAGCGGAGCAUCCUUGCUUCCUGCCCUGGUUACCAAAGAAACCUCUGCAGGUCUGCCACCCGGCAGCCGGGACCCUGCGGCCCUUUCUUAGUCACAAGCCAUGAAGACACGG